GUGAUUGAAAAAACAUUUCAGUGACUUAGACUCUUCGAAGCUUAGACUCACACGGGCAAGUACAACCUGAUGUUCUGCAUUAGCCAUGUUUAACCAUAGGCUUAUAUUCGGAGCUCUGUUGGCAGUGUGGCUUUGCCCUGUUGCCACUCAAGACACAUGUAAAGCAGGAACACAUGGACUGCCAGGUAUUCCCGGAAUUCCUGGUCAUGAUGGCAGGGAUGGUGUGAAGGGGGAGAAAGGCGAGGCAGGUCACACAUUGGACCUGGUGGAUAAAGAGAUCAAAGGGCAAAAGGGGGAACCUGGCAUCAAAGGUGCUCCAGGAAAGAGGGGUAGCCCUGGCAAUCUUGGCCCACCAGGACCACAGGGUCCACCUGGGGAUGAAGGAGAUCCAAGCGACUCUAAACCACAUUCUGCUUUCUGUGUAUCUCGUGAAACCUCAGCAAAUCCAGUAUCUGCUACCCCAAUCAUCUUCCAAAGAGUCAUCACCAAUGUCAAUGGGCAUUUUAAUGUUAACGAGGGUAAAUUUGUGUGUCACAUCCCUGGUACCUACUAUUUUGUGUACCAUGCAACUUCCUUUAGAAAGACACUUUGUGUUAAGCUCAUGGUGAAUGGAGAGAAAAAGGCUAACUUCUGUGACCACAGUCAAGAUGAGUUGAACGUAAGUUCAGGGGGAUUUGCUGUGUACCUGCAGCACAAUAGUGAAGUCUGGUUGGAGACUAAUGAUAGGGUAAAUGGCAUGUACGCAGCUGGAGAUAAAAGCAACAGUGUCUUCUCUGGUUUCCUGCUUUAUACACACUGAGGGUUUCUCUUGUGUUACACGAAACACACCAGAUUACAUCAAGUUUUACAUUCACAAUCAAGAUUUGUACAAUCAACAGCACAAAAUGUAUUUCUGAUUUCUUUGCCUCUAAUAAAAUGCUACUGGAUUAAAA